CGCGGUACAUGUCCGACUUGCCGACGACUUGCCUCGAUUGCCAGCAGCUUUGAAUAUGACGAUGAAGUAUCUGAUGGGUCAGAUGAACUCUUCGAUGCUGAUGAUGAUGAAGAUGAACAGGGUGAGGAUUAUGAAGGGAACGAUGAAGAAGACAUUGAUGAAGAUAGUGAAGAGGAUACUGAGGUAGAAAAUGAAGAGAUAGAGGAGGAAGAAGCAGAGUAUAUGGCUGAUGAAGAGGAAUCUGAUGACCGGGAAGAGGUUGAUGAAGAUGAAGAUGAAUCAGAGGAUGGGGUGGACGAAUAUGACGAGUUUGACCUCGCAAAUGAUGUAGACUUAGAAGAUGAUGGCCAGGAAGAGGUCGAAGAUGGGGAGCAGGAUGAUGAUGAGUUGGAAGAGGAAGAAAAUGAAGGAGUCACUCCCAAGAGCGCUUCCUCCGAGCAUGUGGAUGAAAAGAUACGUGAUAAAAAGCAAUCAGUCACUCGUCAGCAAGUACCCAAAUCAUCCAAGAAGAAGAAGGUCGAUGCUCUGCCCAAGAAGGUCAGUGAAAAGAGGCCAACAACUAUUUCAAUAAAAGCAAAACUUGACACAACUCAUAUUAACAUUAAACCUCCUGUGAUAAGUAAUCCUAUCUCGGGAGUGAAUGUGGGCCAGACGAAGAUCCAUAUAAAGCAAGGCAAAAAAGUCCAUCCUAACAAGGUGUUUGGAACUUACGAGGACCACGAUUGUGACGGAAUCCCUGAUGAUGUGGACCAAGAUAUAGACAAUGACGGCCUGCUCGACCGGACGCAGGACUCUGAUUGGGAUGGAGAACUGAAUUGGAUAGAUGAAGAUGACGACAACGACGGUAUACCCGACAAGGAAGAUGAAGAUGCCAAUGGUGAUGGUAUUCCGGAUUGUCGCUCUGAUACGUCGGAUCUUCAACAUGUUAUGCGUUUCAAGAAAAAGAAAAAAUACAUGGAUAGUGACUUUGAUGGAAUCCCUGAUGACUUAGAUGGCGACGACGAUGGGGAUGGGAUCCCUGAUAUUUUCGAAGACCAGGACAACGAUCAAGUUCCAGAUUUCCUUCAGCUGACUAUUCGAGAAAGUAAGUCCCUUAUAUUUUAA